UGCCGCGCUCACUCCAAAUCCAAUCGCGUCGUCUUCUUCGUCUCUUCUCCCUCGUCUUCUCCAUCUCCCCUGAAAAAUCCAUAUGGCUUCUACACAGCAACGAGACCUCAAAUGUUACUACAGCAACAUUAGGAGACUCUACGAAAUGGAGAAAUUGAUGAAGGCACAAGUGGAUGGCAUGGCAGAUGAUGAGAACAAACGGAUGCUUCAAUCUGCCCUGACCGGAAUCCUCAAAAUGAGAGAGGAUUUGUGGAACGAUUUCAACGAUUCGUUGAAGGUGACCCUGGAAAGUAAAUCUAUCAGAGCUUUCAGGGUGGAGGAAGCCCUGGAAACCCCCCAGGAGUGGGACGUUAUGGCCAUCCUUAUCCAGUACCUAUGCCCUAAUACGUCUGAUUCGGCGGCGGCGGAUCCGUAUUCGGCCUCUUAUGCGGGGGAGAAUCGAAAUCCAUUGGCUCCUGAGAAAACUUUACGCGAGAAAUUGUUGUCAUGGAUUCUUGCUAGAGGUACAACUGUUGGGAAUUUUGCUGCUACUGUCGCAGAGCUUUGGUUACUGACGAAGGUUUCGGAAUUUUUUUCUAAAACUGCGGUUCCGCAGAUUGACACACACAUCGUAAACCCCACCAGCUCCCCGAAAACUAAGCUCCCUUUCGCCACGGUUGUCGCACAGAAAGGAUUACAGCAGAUUCUCGAUGCUGUAAAAUUGGAUGUGUAGCAAACAUAAUAUUGGUACAAUUGAUAACUAGCUGUGCUGAUUUUGCUUCCCACCAGAACCACCCCCAACAUACUUGACACCGCUGCAGUAGACAUCUCAAGGCACACUGGUACAUAUGGUAUAUACGGCAUAUUGGUACAUAUAUACAUGAAGACAACCUAAUACUGCUCUAGAUUUGAUAAAUUUUAAGAUAUCAAAUUCUAGUGUGGUGAUUUUCUAAUCUAGGUUACUUCAUUAAGCAUAGGAUUUGUCAAAUAAACAACGGUCAUAUGAACUCGAUUGGUAAACUUUCUUUUUGUUCAUUGAAAUGGCAUUGAUUCUCCCCUGCUAGAUGUAUUCUGGAAUAUCCGAUUGGUAAACUUUCUUUUUGUUCAUUGAAAUGGCAUUGAGUUUGAGAUGGCA